CAUGCACAUAUACAUAUACAUACAAUCAUUUAUGUGUGUAUAUAUAUAUAUAUGAUUUAAAUCACUUGCAGUUAUUGCAGUCUUGUGAUUUAUUUAAAACCCACCCCAUCGACCAUAAUCUUCAGACAAACUAAUCCAUAUAUCGGUUGGUUUGCUUUGAUUCUAUUAAGGUAAUAAUAUUGCAGAUUUAAUGGGGAGCCUACAGAACCAAUUGAAAGCCGAUCAGGGCUUCGCCGGCGCCACCAUAAAGCCCCUCGACGCCGACGAGUUCCGCCGGCAGGGGCAUUUGGUCAUCGACUUCCUCGCCGAUUAUUACCGGAGCGUCGAAAAGUACCCUGUCCGGAGCCAAGUCCGGCCGGGAUACCUUAAAGAACGCCUGCCGGAUUCUGCCCCCUACGAUCCUCAGCCCAUCGAAGAUAUUCUCCGGGAUGUCCAAAACGACAUCGUUCCGGGGAUCACUCACUGGCAGAGCCCUAAUUAUUACGCUUAUUUUCCGUCCAGCGGGAGCAUUGCCGGAUUUCUAGGGGAGAUGCUCAGCACCGGCUUUAAUGUCGUCGGAUUUAAUUGGAUGUCGUCGCCGGCGGCGACGGAGCUCGAGAGCAUCGUAAUGGAUUGGCUGGGGAAGAUGCUGAAGCUGCCGUCGGAUUUUCUCUUCUCCGGCGGCGGCGGCGGCGUUCUUCAGGGGACUACCUGCGAGGCCAUUUUGUGUACUCUCGUCGCCGCCAGGGAUCGGGCGCUGAAAAAAAUCGGGAGAGAUGAGAUCAACAAGCUGGUCGUUUACGGCUCCGAUCAGACCCACUCGGCGCUGCAGAAGGCGGCGCAGAUCGCCGGCAUUAACCCGAGGAAUUUCCGGGCCGUCGCCACCAAGAGGGCGGACGCCUUCGGGCUCCAGGCGGCGGCGCUGAGGGCGGCGAUUGAGUCGGAUGUGGAAUCAGGGCUUACGCCGCUCUUCAUCUGCGCCACCGUGGGGACGACGUCGUCCACCGCUGUGGACCCUCUGGGCCCGAUUUGUGACGUGGCGGCGGAGUACGGAAUUUGGGUCCACGUGGACGCGGCGUACGCGGGCAGCGUGUGCAUCUGCCCGGAAUAUCGCCAUUUUCUGGACGGCGUGGAGAAAGCCGACUCGUUCAGCUUCAACGCACACAAAUGGUUCCUGACGACGCUCGAUUGCUGCUGCCUGUGGGUAAAAGAUCCCGGAGCCCUGGUCCAGGCCCUCUCCACGUAUCCUGAAUACCUCCGAAACAAGGCUUCGGAGACAAAGCAGGUCGUCGACUACAAAGACUGGCAGAUAACUCUGAGCCGCCGCUUCCGGUCGCUGAAGCUUUGGCUCGUCCUCCGGAGCUACGGCGUCGCCAAUCUCCGGAAGUUCCUACGCAGCCAUAUAAAAAUGGCGAAGAAUUUCGAGGGGCUAAUCGGGAUGGACAAGCGGUUCGAGGUGGUGGUUCCCCGGAACUUCGCCACCGUCUGCUUCCGCCUCUCGCCGGUGGAGAUCUCCGGCAAGAAUCAGCUCCAGACCGCCGUGCCGGCGGAGGAAGCGACGAACAAUUUCAACGCGAAGCUUCUAGAAACGAUCAACGAAUCGGGGAAGAUCUACAUGACGCAUGCGGUGGUCGGCGGCGUGUACAUGAUGCGGUUCGCCGUCGGCGCCAGCCUGACGGAGAACCGGCACGUGAUCUGCGCGUGGAAGGUGGUCCAAGAACACGCCAAUGCUCUCCUCUCCACUUCCUCCUCAUAUCAAUCAUAAAUUAUAUAAUUUCAUAUCAUCAAAUUAAAAUUAAAAUUCCAUCUCAAUAAUCCAAAAUUUCAUUCGAUAUUAUCCAUGCUUUUGUUUCUUUAAUUAUAUUAGUAUAAUUAUUAAUUUCCACGUACGUAUGUAUAGAUAGAUCGUUUCAAUUUUGCAAAUCA